AUGGAACGCACAGCAGCAGCGAAGCGUAAAGCACCACUUUCAACUCUCCAACGACGUGUAAGAGCAAGGAGAGAUGAACCGGAAGACAUUCCCAGCGAACCCAGCAAUCAAUUCCAAGGAGAAGAGAGCAGUGAAGAUGAGGGUUCCGAAGAACAGAGCGAUGAGGAUGUGAAUAAUGCUGAAUCACAGUUAUCAUCCGAGGAGGACGAAAGCGAAGACGAAGGCGAAGACGAAGGCGAAGACGAAGACCAAGUAGAAGACCCAUCAGCAGCUGUCUCGCAGAUCUCGUUCGGCGCUUUAGCCAAAGCACAAGCAUCUCUACCCAACAUACGGCGGAAGAAAGGCCGCAAAAGCCAAGGAGAUGAGGAAGAGGAAGAGGAAGAAAAUGGCCAAGAUAGUAACAAGCGACACAAAGACUCAUCACGAUCCGAGUCCAAAGCCAAACCUCUCGUGCCGCACCGCACCAACAAGCACGCACCCACCGAGCAAUCCAGCAAGCGGCCGGUGACACGGCGGCGAGAAGUCGUGCUGCUGCACAAGCCCGUGGCGCGGGACCCGCGGUUCUCGGCGGCGGUGCAAGGGCGGCCGGUGGACGAGGAGCGGCUGCGGCGAGCGUACGGGUUCCUCGACGAGUACCGGGACUCGGAGAUGGCGCAGCUGCGGGAAGCGGCCAAGAAGACGAAGGACGCGGCCGCCAAGGAGGAGCUCAAGCGCGCGCUAGCGUCGAUGGAGGACAAGAAGAAGGCGCAGCAGGCGCGCGAGGCCGAGCGCCGCCUGCUCGAGGAGCACCGCCGGCGCGAGAAGGAGCUCGUCAAGCAGGGCAAGAAGCCCUUCUACCUCAAGCGCAGCGAGCAGAAGAAGCAGCUGCUCGUCGACCGCUUCGCGAGCCUCAAGGGCAAGCAGGUCGACCGCGUCAUCGAGAGGCGCAGGAAGAAGUUGGCUUCGAAGGAGAGGAGGGAAAUGCCGUUGGCGAGACGCGAGGCGAGAACAUGA